GUUCCCGUCGGAAAAAAAAAAGUUUCAAUUUUUAGGCCGAAACCUCCAUUAACGAAGGAAGGAAGCAGCUAAAAAAUGGCUGCGAUUGUUCAUGCAGUUGCUCCUUCUAACCAAACUUGGGAUUUCAGCUGUAACUUGGAUGUGAAUUUUGAAUCUGAAGAACAUGCUUUGAUUGCUUACACAGCAUUGUCUGUUGAUAAAGAGUUGCAACCUGAUAAAGUGAGAAGAGUUAUGUCUGUAUCAAACAACAAGCUCUCUGUGCACUUUGAAGCAAUAGAGGCAAGGCUUCUUCGAGCAUCGUUCUCUGCGUUUGUAGACGUUCUUACGUUGGCCACAAGAACAAUUCAAGAAUUUGGGCGAAACUAAAACACCAAUGUGAAAAAAGAAGUUUGAUUCUUUCCUCAUUGCCCUUCAAGAAGUCAAUUACUGUAGUGUUAAUCAAACAAUGUAUUAGUAUGGUGUGACUUAAUCUAGACAGAUGAUAACAUUUAAAGCUUUUUUAUUUGACUACGUUUUAUCUGUGUAAUCUAA